GCUAGGCCCGGCGCGGCGGGGGGCGGCGGGCGCUGCGCAGAGCCCGGCUCCCCUGGGCGGCGGAGGGCGGAAGGCCGGAGGGCGGCAGCGCCAUGCCCGGCCCGGCAGCGCCGGGGGCGGCGGCGGGGCCCGGCCCCGACCCGGAGGAGAGCUACGACUUCCUCUUCAAGCUGGUGCUCAUCGGGGACGCCAGCGUGGGCAAGACCUGCCUCGUACAGCGCUUCAAAACCGGGGCCUUCGCCGAGCGCCAGGGCAGCACCAUCGGCGUGGACUUCACCAUGAAGAGCCUGGAGAUCCAGGGCAAGCGGGUGAAGUUGCAGAUCUGGGACACAGCUGGCCAGGAGAGGUUCAGAACUAUCACGCAGAGUUAUUACCGCAGCGCCAAUGGAGCAAUCCUAGCCUAUGAUAUCAGCAAGAGAGGCUCUUUCCUGUCCAUUCCUCGCUGGAUCGAGGAUGUGAGAAAGUAUGCUGGUUCCAACAUAGUACAAUUACUGAUUGGAAACAAGUCUGACCUAAGUGACCUUCGAGAGGUUCAGCUGGAAGAAGCUCAGAGCCUGGCUGAACACUAUGAUAAUAUCAUCUGUGCCAUAGAGACCUCUGCGAAAGACUCCAGCAAUGUGGAGGAGGCUUUUGUGAAGAUGGCUACAGAGCUCAUGAUGAGGCAUGGAGGCCCUAUGUUCAGUGAGAAGAAUACUGACAGCAUCAAGCUUGACAGCAAAGACGUUGUAGAAGGCUGGGGGUGUGGUUGCUGAUAUGAGCUAGGUGAUAUCCCUAACUUUACUGGAAUUUAGAUGGUGCUUCACCCUAAUGCUGAGUAGCAUGGUAGCCAUAUUUUCCUCCUCCUGUGAAACCAGCAAUUUUGUAGAAGUUAGACACAAUCCUGUUUGCUUUGGUGUCUUAUUUUUAAAAAGGGACUCUUGAGAGGUAGUCCUAAAAGUCAAUCCCUCUGAAAAACUUACUCAACAUUUGUCCCCACCAUUUUAUUUUCUGUAACCUUCAUACAAGUUAUAAAAGUGGAGGAAACAACUUUGAACUGGUGAUGUGGGGUGGGGAGACAGAUGGUUGGGGAAAAGACUGAUGCACACCCAAAGUUCUGAAGCAUUUUGCAUGGGACUGUUGGCAAAGGAGGUCACUUUUGGAAUAGGCAAUCUUGACAGUGUCUCUUUAAAUCCUCAGCACUCCACCAAUGACCAGAAAGUGACAGUGUCUUUGAUAAAGGUAUUUCAAGUGUCAGAAUACCCAGCGUUUUGAAUACAGGACCAAAUAGCAGUCGCCUGUCCUGGGGCAUAUGGAUUGCUAGUUAGUAUUGGAACAGGCCCAGGUGGGGAAGCCUUCUCUCAGGUUUUGUUACAAUUUUUUUAUUGUUUUAACAAAAAACAAAAUCAGCUUGAGCAAUGUCACAUGACUUGCUUUAAAGUAGGAUUGGACCAGCGUAGUUAUUUUAAAUACAGCCUUGAGGAGAGGGUAGAUGCAUUUCAUUUGUUAUUGUUUGCACAGUGAUAGCUCCCUUUUCCAAGUGGGUAUCAUUGAGUUUUUGCCCUCAGGUCUCUUAAUUUCAUUCCACAACUCAAGACCUGCACCACUGGAAACAGGAACUGGAGAAACCUUGAACUGACUGGUAGCCAUGAUCUCCUGCCAUGUGCCUAAUGGUCGUAUACAGGGUUAAUUCUGGUCAUACAUUUGACAUUAUGUUACCAGAGUGUUUAUUGCUUAAGUGGCAUAAGUGGAUUUGGUUUUUGUUUUAUUUUAAAUAAUCUCUUUAAAUACAAUCUGGGCAUAUAAUGGGAAAGCAGACCUCAGAAUAGCUGAACACUGCAUGCAUUGCAGCUUCUUGGUUGUAAGAAACCAGCAUCUUUUUGAGUGAUUCCCUCCCAACUUUGUACUCAACUUCUUCCCUCUCCCUAUCACAAAUUACCAAUUGCUUUUCAUUUCUUGAAAACACUCAGCAGGAAAAAUCUUUCACUGUUGAUCAAAACUCUACAUUGUUUAAGUAAAAUAGAUUUCAUAAUUCAACUCUACAUAGUUGUCUUUCAGAUUCAGCUCUGUAUUAUAUGUUGUAGAUGCAGUUGAAGGUGGCAGCAGUCCUCUCUGGAUUUACACUCUCAAGCACCUUACAAAAAUGGAUUUGCAAAGGGAGCAGAAGCAGGAUUAUUUUUAACUCUGCAGUUAAAGCAAAGGUGUUCAGAGGUGACAAGUGAUUUUUGCAAUCCUGAUGCUCUGAAGGAUCUCAUUUUCAGAAAGCACCCACUUAAAGUGAAGUCACUUGUCUUUUUUCAAAAUCUUGAUCAGGUCAAAAAGGACCUGGAUUGGUUUGCUACUAGGGCUACACCAGUUUUCAGCCAUUCAUCAUAUCCAGUAUCAUGAAAAUCAGGAAGAUUUAAGAAAGGGCUAAUGGAUCCUAAUUUCAAUACUAUUCAUCUUCCUUCAGAAAAUAUUAAACCAUUCUCUGGUCUUUCUUUUUUUUUUAAAACUAUGAGGUAGAUAAUCGAGGCGUUACAUACACUUUGUAGCCUGUUUGCUUCUAAUCUAAGGGGUUAGUUUUCAAGUUUUAUAGCUGUAAGAGUGAAAGGGCCUUAAAUUUUUCAGUUAGUAUAGUUUUCACAAUUCUAAUGUUUUAUAUGGAAGAACAGGUUGAGCUGCAGUACUCAGUAUUUUUGCAUAGUCUUCUAGGACAUUCCCAGCUGUUCUACAUCCAAAGAUAACAGGCAGUUAAGUGUCCAGCAGUAGCUAGACACUGAAACUGAGAAUUGUCUGAACUCUAGAUUUGUUAGUGAUUAGCAAACCCUGUAUUCCACUUUCGGGAGAAACUAUGAAGACAGUCCAAGCCAAUACUCAGUCCUGGUGACUGCUUUUCCUCCUGGUUAGAUGGUCCUUAAGAUACAGAAUAGUAGCAAGCAUUUGACUUUUUGUCAUGACAUAUUAUAGUUUACAUCUGUAGGUCACAGUCCUGCAGUUCUGCAUGCUUGAACGUGGACCCUCAGAUAAGCUCAGCCUCCCACUAUUUGCAGGAUUAGUGCCAAAUUAUUUAAGCCAUGCUGAUAAAAAUUCACAUGCAUUUAAGAACAGUAUUGCUACUACUCAGAUUGAAAUCAGUAGUUUACAUAGUAACUCAUCUUAAAACUGGAGCAAGAUGCAAAAUGACCAUAAAUCCUGCUUCCAGUGUAGUCAGUGAAUGAUUGUGUUUUUACAGUAGAUGGAGAACUGAGGAGUUAUUGAUCCAUAUCCUUGGUUUUGAGGUUUGUUUAGCAAACAAGUAGGAUUAGACCAAGCACUAUUCCUUACAGUUUGCCCCCAUGUAUCUCUUAAGCUAGUCUUGAAGGUUGAGACUGUCUGCAGGUUAGUCUGUUUCAGUCAGAAAACAUGAAAUACAGCACUUAUUCACUGUGUUUUCAAAUGAAGGCACCAAUUCAGAUGAGCAGAAAACUAAGACUAUGGCUUUAAGUCAGCUUUGUCUUCUAACUCUUGGCUCUUCUAUGUUAUAGCAAGUGUAAUACAAGUUUGCAUGCCCUACCUAACUGAACAAAAGGGAACGAAGAAAUAGACUGAAGACCUGGUAUAUUUUUUCGGGUUAGUAGCAGAUAUGAACAACAGUGCUUGGGCUGUCAGUAGUAAAAGACUAUUUCAAUUACCAAACCCUUUCUUUGUCUAUUAGUAAUAGCACAGUACUCACUAGGCUGAUAGCUUCUUGACCAGAAAUAAAUUAAACAGUAAACGUAACUUAAAGGUUUUCACUCCCCUUCUGAAGACUUUUAUUAAAUCUGCAAUUCACACACAUAGCUAUGUAAUUCAAGUAUUAGGAAGACAGUCCUGUUGUUUAAUUCCAUUAAUCAUAUUGAAACCAAAAGGAUACCUGGGUGAAGAGAGUGAGUAGCAAUAAACCUGAAAUUUAUGGGUAAAAACCUCAGUUUCAAAUCUUAGGUUACAAACGUGCACUAAUGUACAUCAAGUGAAUAAUUCAGUAGUGCAUGAUCAGAGUUCACAGCAUAAACAUUUGCCAAGAAACCUGUUUACUGGAAGUUGAACAUUAACAAGACUAUGGUGCAGUAAUUGCUUUUAAGCAGAUCCAUGUAUUUGCAUUAGUAUUUAUCAUUUAUUUUUGGCAGUACCCAAAGUGUGCAAAAUAUUACAAAAAUGCAGAAGAGGACAUUGAUCCCUGCCUUGUAACACUUAGGAGUGGAAUGCAGAGGCAAAUACUGAAAUGAAAUCAUCAGCAGAAUGUGGUUCCCAGGAGCGUGGGCAUUGUUAUCCUUUGUAUUGAUUUUGAUUUAAGCUAAUUUUAUCUCCAGUUACUCAUCCAGUCCAUCAUCAUGGAUGGAACUUGUACAAAUAUUUAUUAUUAUGUAAAUAUAAUACCAAGUAAACAUCAGCCCAGAAAUCUGCUAACAUUUGCUUUGCAAAACAAAAUUUUUAAAAAAUGAAAAUACUUAAGAACAGAGGAGAAGUCCUAAUGAUUUUAUCACUCUCACAUACUGGAAAGCAGGUCACUUUUGGGGGGGGUUGGGGGGGGAACUAAAUGAAGCCCAGCUAAUACCACAUAGAUUUCUAAGAACUUCAUGAAGAGUGGAGCUCUUGCUCAGUUUUUUGUUUGCCUUUAAAGAAGAUCAUAUUUACCUCAAGAAUAGAGCUGAUCAUCAUGUGCAAUAUACCUGCGUUACUGCAGUAGUACAUUACAGUAUGUAUACACUCACACAGUAGCACCCUUAACAUUAAAGCCUUUCCUUGAUUUGCCCCAGUAUAUAUUGUCCCACUAAGAUUUACACCUCCAUUAUUUAAUCUCAUAGUCCCAGCCAGUUGACCAUUUGAAUGUCUUUUGCCGUCUCAUGCCAAUCCUGAGGGAACUGGGAGGUAAUAACAUUAUUAGUUUCUCUUUAUGGGAUUGUUUUACUUAAUGUUAUAAUGAGAGUCUCUUUAAAUCAAGAUGAAUUUGUAUGUUAUUUCAUUAAUAGAAAUUGCUUUAUCUUUACCUAUCUUGCUUCCAAAACAUUUAUAUAUUGACAGACCACUGAAGUUUACCCUAUUGCAUUAUUUUGGGUAAACAGUGUGCUGGAGGAAAAUGAAGUGAGAACAAUACAUGCUUUGUGAAACUGAAAAAUAAAUUUACUCUCCUUUUGGUAUCUUCCAACCUUGGAGAGAGCUCAGUUUAACCCUUGUCAGUCAUUCUCUGGGGAGACUUCACAGAAACAAACCAGGUUAUGGGCAGAGUGUGCAACCAGUAAACAGGGAAAAUCCAAGGAAGUUGGAGCGAGUGUGUACUCUUUUGUGAAGAGGUAGUUCUCACAUGACUUGCUUUGCCCCAGUAGCUGAUGAUGACCACGUAGCUUGGAUUUUGACCCUUGUGGUACAAGAAGUGAGGCAAUUAAAGAGCAACAGAUCUGAGGGCAUGUGUAGUUCUUGGUGGAAUUGAAAGGAAAUGAAUCCCGAAGUUGAGGGUAAUCACCAUAACCACUUCAUCAUCCUUUCUCAAAUGAUACUAGGUUGUUUCAUCAACUAAAAGGCAGUCUAGAUUUACACAUUUGGCAAUAAAAGAUGCUACAUUGUUAAUGUAGAUUAAUGGUUACAUUUUAUUACAGUUGCAUGAAGUAUAGUGACUUCAGAGUCACAGAGCAGAGUGCUUUAUAAUUGGGCUGUUCUCAGAUUUGAUAAUCCUUUUCCAUGCUGUAAGAGGAGAUGCAUAGAUUUGGGAAAUACUGUCUCAGUUUUAUUUUUGUAGUAUCUUUUGGUGCUGAUCAUCCCACUGAGAUUCCAGUUAGAGAACCAGCCUCCUGGGUAUCUUAGUUUUUACUGGCCAGGUAAUGUUGGAUUUCUUUUAACUCUAUUGAAUCAGGUUAUAGAGCUAUUCGAAGCAGCAAAAAAUCUCAGAUGGAAGCAUUUAAUUGCAGUCCUCACUGUGUACUUUAGAAAAAAAAUCCAAACUAAUCCGCAGCUAGAUGUUCUGAUUUCCAGCACAAGUUUAGCCCUCUGCAUCUUUUUUAUAGUUUCAUUUUAGUUUACUUGGAAAAGAGCAGGGAUACAAAAUCAAAACAAACUAACCAACCCAAAUGUAUAUUUGCUGUCCAUGGAAUUGUUGCCACAGGUUAGAUAUAAAUAGCCAGCAUGCUCUCCUAUCCUGACCUUAGAUAGCAUUUUUUUAAUAUGACUGAAAAAUGUUAAAAUGCACUUUAAAAAUAGUUCUUUGAAGCACAAAAGGGUUGUGAUUUUUUUUCCACUGUGUUGUUUUUAACAAGGGUUUCUAUUACUUGAAUACUGUUAAAGGCAGUUACCUGUAUUACAUUCAUAACUUUAGGCAUCACUGAAGACAGACUAUGUCAACAAUUGUCUUGUUUUUCCAUACGAGUCAGCGGCCAGUGGAAAACAAAGGAACAGAGUCACUUCACAAGAAUGAGAAAAGUGAAGCCUGAGUAAUAGUCAGGCAAGAUUUUCUAUUUAGUCCGAUUAAAUGUGUAAGGUUUAAUCAAUGCUUACUCAGUUCAAAGAAAAUACUUUCCUUCCCAAAGGUAAAAUAAUGCACUACACAAAUAGUUAUGGGGUUUGCUGUUUGCUUUUUGUACAACAGAAAUUUGACUGCUGUCUAUACUGAAGAGUGGACUGCUAAACUAGUUAAGUGUAUGGUAACAGCAUAGUUUAACAUUUGGAGAGCUGUUAAGUUGGCUUAAAGCUGUAUUUAGAACCUAUUCCUUCCAUUAUGAGAUAAAAAGUAUGUCUGUCUCCCCUGGGACACCAUUUGAAAACCUUUACAAGGUCCAAAAUCAUACGUUGAUAAAAAUUUAUUGAGGCUCUCUUUAUCACUAAAAAAGUCACUUUCCAUGUUUCUUUUGCAAGCUAUUUUUAGACUUCAGUUGAAUUAUUUCCAAUUCAAUUACCCAACUGAACUGACACUGAUUUCUGCUUGCUUUCAACCUCAAAUUUAACAGAAAACUGAGGAUUAAUCUUCCUGUCACAAAGCACUGAAGGGCCACCAGAUAGACUAUAACCAAGAGGGUUUUGCACAUGUACAGCUAUCAAUCUCCUGCUCCUGUGACAGUUACUUAAUAUCUGUAAUGUGUGUAUAUAAUACACUGUACUUUGAAAUCAAUCAAGUCCAGCUUUGCGAUCAUUCAUCUGACUAGGUAGUGUAGGUCAAGGUAAGAUAUUUGGUAGGCACAGCAGCUUCACAAAGCUGCUUCUGUUUAACCAUUUCUGUCUAAGACUUACCUAGCCCAUUCAAAAUUUGCUAUUACAGCUAAAUUACUACAAGUGAACUACUUUCCUUUAGUCAUAAACGUAACAUUAAAAAAAAUCCUACAUUUAUAUCUUUUAAUUUUAAAGCCUAGACUACAAUACUAAGAACAGUAGUCACCUAUUUUAAGCUUUCAUAAGAACGUACACCCUAUCAUUAACUACUCUACUACUAGGAGUUUAAACCUUAAUUACCCCAUGAACUCACUCAGACAUCUUAAAGUACACACUAUUCAGAUGUAACAGCUAGCUAAAAGGAUCCAAGUUUCUGUAAAUUUUAGCUUAGAGAAAAAGUACCUUAUAUAUGACCAAAAUUGUGGCAAGCUAGCAGUUACAAUUUCUAAUUGUUCAAUCAAUUAAAAAAACAAAACCAAACCAAAACCAAAACAAACCCCAAAACUUACAGCACAAAGAUUAUCUUCUCCAAAUAAAAGCAGAGGAAAACAUUAAAUGGAAGACUGAGAAAUUGUCUUUUUAAGGCACCUGACCAAUGCAAUCUGUAUACUUCCGAAAGCCAGUCUUUUUUCAGUAACCACUAAGUAACAGCCUAUUAAUUACACUGCACUGUGCUGUAGAACAUGUGACGAUCAACACCUAUUUUUUCUGCAAUAAAUUCUAUGAGCAAGAGGGAGUGAUUUUGGGUAUCAUCUAAACUAUUGUAUGUGAAAACAAGGGUAUGAAAGAUUGUCAUUUGAACAUGGCAUGCAAACUUGUCUUGACAAUUUGAAGGUACUUUUGAAAAGUGAGUUAAGAGCUGAAUUUUCAGAGACAUUAAAGCUGCAGACAGAUGCCUACCAAUGUCUUCAAAAGCAUCUAGUUACCAUUGCAAAAAGGCACAAAAACUUGUAUGCAACUGGUUUUGCACUAAAGGGAAAUAGUUAUUAAAAAAAACCAAACCAACAACAUUAAUGUGAGAGGCAGAGCAUCCUGAUUAUUCUGUAUUUUUCAUGUUCAUUCCCUACUUCAAUGCUGUGCGUAAGCAAGCAUUUUUCCCUUUAUAAAUGGUAUUAAAAUAGAUUAUUCUAAGUGUGAAAAGUAGUUUGAUACUUUACAAAAUAAAAUGCUAUAUACAUUUUUUUUAAGAGAGUGGUAAUAUUGAUGAGGUGAAUAACUUUGCUAAUACAGUUUGGUGGUGUAAUAUAAGGGAUUCACCAAAUAGAGGUAGGUGUUGGAAUGGUGCUACAUAUACAUACCAUUUCAUAACCAGGGGAAGCCAACAGAUGAGAUCACACACUGUCCUGCUUGCCAGACAUAAAGUAGAUACAGACAUAUACUGACCAGAAGGUGAAUUUAGUUAUUUGUAACAGUUUUUUAAAGAUUUCUAUUUUAUAAGUCUGUAAGGAGAAAUGCUAAGAUUUUUGAUAGUCAGAUAUGCUCAGUGCUGUCAACCAGCUUUUCCCUCUUUUGUGCCUCGCUCACUGAUAUCUGACAGAUAUAAAACCCACAACUCCAGAGACUAGAUAGCAUUCAAGUGAGUCUGGCUCACACACCUGUUGGGGAGAAAAUAAAAAUCUCUAAUUCAUAUUGAAUUCAUUCACUGCAUUCCAAAAUUAUUUGAGGGGUUUGAAUGAUAACAGUGUUAAAAAUAUUCUGCAUUUUCUAGGACAAAUCUGUUGGUGUCUUCAAGGUUUCUUCAAGAGAUGCAGGCUGUACAUUUCUAAUCAUCAGUAACUACUUUGCUUUUAAACUUUCUUAUCACAAUACUGACUAGAUCAUUUGGAAUAUGAGGAGACAAGGGAGCAAGCUUGCAUACUACGGUAAUUUUUUAUACUUUACCUUCAUCUAUUUAUGAAUUUAUUAUGAAAAAUAUUUUUAAACAUAUGAAACCUGCUUUUUGUUGUGAAUUUUAGCAAAGUAGUGGAUACAUUGUACUGUGUUAUCAUUAAAAAGGUUUAAUUAAAUUAAACAUUUGGCAA